GUGAAUUAUCCAUUGCUCCAUUAUUCUCUAAUUUUAUUCUUCAUUAUAAUCACUAUAUCCACAAAAUUCCAAUAUUUUUGUUUCUUCUUUCCUCCUAUUUGUUCCUUUACGAACUUGGGAAUAACAUUCUAACACCUCCUAGUGACCAAAUCUUUCAUCACAUUGUAAAUAACACAUUCUAUUAAUUAAUCAUAAUCUUAUCAUUUCUAUACUACUUUUCUUUUUUAUUGUUGUUCUUAUUCUCCUCCUAUAGUUUAUAUGUUUUAAGGCUAUGUUUAAUAUACCCGUGGCUAUAUCCUUUACGCUUUUGUUAUCAUUCCCUCUCAUUUUCCUCUUCGCACCACAAAUCUUUCCAUCUAAACACGUUGAUAUAUCGAUCCCUGAUGAACUUGAUGAUCUUGCUUUGUUUCGUCGUGCAACCCUAGCUUCCAUCGAUGGGGUUGGUGGUGCCAUCUCUCGACUUGGCACCACCAAUCCCCGUAUGAAGAUCGCAUUUCUCUUCCUCACCAACACCGAUCUUCAUUUCGCCCCCUUAUGGGAUCGGUUCUUCGCCGGUCACGAUGGUCGUUUCAACAUUUACAUUCAUGCAGAUCCCUCAGCCAGGAUUUCACGACCCGGCGGGCGAGUUUUCAAGGGCCGUUUCAUCGCGGCCAAAAGGACACAACGUGCAUCCCCUACCCUAAUAUCGGCCGCUCGGCGUCUUAUGGCUACCGCCCUCUUAGACGACCCGUUAAAUUCCUAUUUUGCGCUUGUGUCACAACAUUGUAUCCCUUUACAUUCAUUCGAUUUCAUUUACAAUUCUCUCUUCACAUCUCAAUUCCCCGAAUAUCAGAGUUUCAUCCAAAUAUUAUCAAACGAGUCAUACAUGUGGGACCGGUACGUAGCACGAGGCGAGCGCGCUAUGCUACCCGAGGUCCCAUUCGAUCGGUUCCGGUUCGGGUCCCAAUUCUUUGUCCUCACAAGAAGACAUGCAUUGGUAGUGAUUAGAGAUAGGAGAUUAUGGAGGAAGUUUAAAAUGCCUUGUUUGAACAGUGAUUCAUGUUACCCUGAGGAACAUUAUUUUCCAACACUUUUGUCAAUGGAGGACCCUAAAGGGUGCACCCAUUAUACGUUGACACGUGUUAAUUGGACGGAGAGCGUCGAUGGACACCCACGUACUUAUUUGCCUUCGGAAAUUUCGCCAGAGCUUAUUUAUAAGCUCCGCGAAUCAAAUUCUACGUAUUCUCACAUGUUUGCAAGAAAAUUCUCACCGGAUUGUCUAAAGCCUUUGAUGAAAAUCGCGGAUAAUGUUAUUUUUCGGGAUUAAAUCGGGCGAAUUCGAUCGAAAUGUUGUUUUUUAGGUUAUUGUAGGAACUAAAAACUUGGAGGCUGAAGCAGGAAGAGGCUAAGAAAGCCCAUGCCAAAGCCCUCUCACAAGUCACAAUAAACAAAAUUGUGUUGAUGCUAUUUGGUGGUUUCUCUUGUACAUAAAAGUAGAGAACUCUUACCAUUUUGGCCUAUCUUGAUGGUUGUGUUUACAAAGUGAGAAAAAAGUGCGAAAAAUAUCUAUACUUAGGCGAAAUUUGUAGUUACACAUCUUGAACCUAGGGGGUCAUAGGUCCCCGCAAAGUUCAGGAUGCGUAACUGCAAAUUUCACCUAAGUACAAGUAUUUUUCGCACAUUUUUUCCAAGAAAAAAUUGGUGUGAUGAUUACAAAAUUGGUGCUUAUUAUGGGCUAAUAGAAUGCAGUUAGAGAAGGAUUUGGUGCAAAGGAUAAGUAAAAUGUAGUUUAACAAAGCUUAUCUCUUUUCGCCCUAUCCUUUUACACGUACUUUAUUUCUGAGGUUUCAACUUGUAAUUUUUAUAUAUAUAUAUAUGUAUCGUUUAUAAUUUUAUACUAUAUAUUAUACAAACCUCAUAUUUUAUAUUUGUGUAACAGGAUUGUUUUGUAAUAUAGAAGUAGAAGAUUUUGAUC